AUGCAAAAGGUCGGCGUCAAGGCAUUGUACUCCAGGCGCCAAGAGAUUAAGGAGCGGAUGAUGCAUUAUAAUGCUGCCUGCAGACGGGACAUGAGGCUUAGCGACCUGCGGCUUCGGCGGGAGGAGUCAGACAAGCCUGCCCAGCCCACAGCCAACGAAUAUGCUUUUAUAGGAUCUGAAUUCGAGUGCGAUCUGACCGACCCAUCGGUAGUCGACCUUCUCGUUGAGUUGGAGAACGAGAUUCGAAAUGAGCAGAUGAUUGAGUUGUAUGAAGAAGCCCAAAAUCAAGACUGGGAGGCAUACUAUUUUCACCUGUGCAGCCCGUAG